CAGAGAUGCUUAUAGCUCGCUGAGGAUAAUAAAGAUAAAGAGGCCAUUUAAUCACUUUUCACAAGGACGGGAACAGAGGAGAGCCUCUGGCUGGUCCCCAAGAAGGACGCAGCUGGAUGUGACAUCUGGAUUCCUGUAAACUUUGCUACUAUCUCUCUCUCUCUCUCUUUCUGUGUGUGUCGGAGCCUUUUUGCCUCCACUGUAGUUUCCACCGACUGACGCGAGGAGAGCCUGGGGCUGAUCGCCCAUGUCCAUAUAAGGUCAUCUACGUCACGCAAAUGUUCCAUCCCCCUAUUUAGACUGGAGUCCCCUUUCUCCAGCUCCAAUAGAACAAGUAGAGCCGCUCUUGUUCGAGCAUCAUCUCCUCCUCCGUUGAACUUCACAUCCCACCCACCCCAUCACAACACAGUGAUCAGACCCACAACAACAGUAGCUCGUGCGCGCACAGACAACAGUGGGGUGGAGGAAGAGACCCGGAGCUCCUCGGUCCACCGCGACAUCUACUUUGGAUAGCUGCAGCCUCCAGGAUCCAACCUGCGCCUCAUCUCUGCUCCAAGCUGCUGGGUUUUUGUGUUGGAUAACCCCCCCAGCGCGCGCUCUGAUUUCAACCCCCCCCCCCCCUCCUGCUUCUUGUUUGGUUUGCUUUUAAAUGUCGGACUGACUCGAACUGCUAUGACAGGGAAACUAGCGGACAAGAUCCCUCUUACCAUGAGCAGUUUAAUAAACACGAUCCCUGACAGCCUGUACCCGGAGGAGGACAUCCCGACGUCCAUGAACAUUUUCACCAGUACGGAAUCUAUUAACCACUACUCGCAGAUGAACACGGAUAAUAUCAUGGAUCUGGGCAUGGGAGGCGAGAAGGCGAGUUCGGAGAUUCAGUAUGGAUCCAGUUUCCAGUCCAACCGUAGCGGGCAGACCGUCACAUAUUUGGGGAAGUUUGCCUUUGACACUCCUCCUUCGGGUGGCAUUGGUGGCUCUGGCUGGUGCCCCGAUAACAACAUCAUCAGCCUGGUCAGUGCAGGGAUUUUAGGCGUGUCUCCGUCACCUGGCACGGUUACGACGCAGACAUCAUCCUCUGCAGCUGGCAUGGGCGGACAGACGUCAGACAUGGAGCAGGUGUAUGGUCCGCCGCUGCCUGCCUAUUCCACCUGCAGCGACCUGUACCAAGACCAGGUCUCCUUUCACCACAGCCCUGCCACCAGCACGGCGCUACCUUACCCCGGCAAUGACUAUCACUCCACAUCCAAAGCUCCCAUGGAUGGCAGCCUGUUUUCCAUGAUCCCUGACUACAACCUUUUUCAUCAUCAGGGGGAGGUUGGUGUGAUGGAGCACAAGCCCUUCCAGAGCAUGGACCCCAUCCGGGUCAACCCUCCACCCAUCACACCCCUGGAGACCAUCAGAGCUUUUAAGGACAAGCAACAAAUCCACCCAGGUUUCAUCAGCGGGCAGCAGCACCAGUCCCAGCACCACCAGGCACCUCAGACUCUCACCCUCAAACCCAUCCGACCUCGGAAGUACCCCAACCGUCCCAGCAAAACGCCCGUCCACGAGCGGCCGCACGCCUGUCCGGCGGAGAACUGUGACCGGCGCUUCUCGCGCUCGGACGAGCUCACGCGUCACCUGCGCAUCCACACGGGUCACAAACCCUUCCAGUGCCGGAUAUGCAUGCGCUCCUUCAGCCGGAGCGACCACCUGACCACGCACAUUCGCACGCACACGGGAGAGAAACCCUUCUCCUGCGAGUUCUGUGGACGCAAGUUCGCCAGGAGCGACGAGCGAAAGAGACACGCAAAGGUUCACCUCAAACAGAAAGAUAAGAAGCAGGCGGACAAGAGCAGCGGGGCGGCUGGGAGCCACAGCUCACCGCCCAGCUCCUGUGGUGGGGGGCCAGCAGUGGGAACGUCAUGACCAUCACUACGUGCACAUGGACUAGAGCAAAAAGAGACUUGGGGGGGAAAGGAUCACGUCCACUAUCAGAUAAAUAGGUGACUCUUUUCUUCUCGUUUACACCCCUGCUCCUUUCAGUUCCUUCUGUUUUGAGAUGGAUGCCUUUAGUUUGAGUACGAGGGGAAGGGCUGCUUUCCUUUAUUUUUUUUCUUUCUUUUCUUUUUUUCUUUUAAGCAAUUCAAAGCCUCAGCUACUGCAACACAGUGUCAACACAAAGACGCGUGCUUAAAGCACAAACAACCUCUGUGGUUGGUUCUGAGGUGAACACGUUUAUGUAAAUUUUACAGAAAUGUUCUUAGUCAGAAUCCAUGAUAGGGGUGGGAAAAAAACAGACAAAUAAUAAUAAUGGAGCUCAGUGAAAGUGUUAGUUGUCUGGGAUGUAUGCAUUAAUUUUAUUAGGCUGUUUAAAAGUGCAAUUGGUUAUUAUUGUGUAUCGUCAUGAAUACCUUAAUAGUGGCACGUGACUGUCUUUUUGUUGAGGUGUAGUGUUUUUUUCCUUUAUUUGAAUGUUUUUUUGUUUUGUUUUGUUUUUUAAAGAAUGUGCCAAAUGUAUCUCAGUGAUGCAGCCAAUCUUGUUCUUAUUUUCUUUGCCUGACAUUUGCCAAUCUCAACAGUGGCGCCAGCUUGUUGGUUAACACACCAGAUUUAGAUGAUCCCGCGCAGUUCGGUUAAAAAAUAAUGACUGACAGGGUCACACAAAGCAUACCGAUGUCUUGUCCUGUUACAUGUCCACACACGCCUGCAGUAAGUGAUGCCUUUGCCAAUACUUAUUUAUUUCAAGUCAUUGCGAAACACUGUGUGUUCUCUUUUUUUUUUCAUGAGGUGGCUUUACAUUGUGUUGCCAAAUGUAGUUUGUUUUUUAAUAUUUGUUUUAUUUUUUUCCAAACGAUACUGUUCUUUUUUUAUGUGAUCUGCAAUAUGCAAUCAAAUAACAUAUGCCAACAAACCGUAAAUCACAUUAACUGGGAGCACAGUUAGACAGACUGAAUAUUUAAUUAAAAAAUAUAAAUAAAUAAAUCAACACUGGGUUGCAAACAAGCAGUAAGAAAAAGAUGAAUGAGGUCUCUUUGUCUGUGCUUCUCAGCGUAAAAGGGUUAAACUACCUGGUUUAAGAUGCCAAAAGAUGAGCAGUAAAGGGUAAGAAAGUAAUAAUAAUAUUAAUAAUAAUAAUAAUAAUAAUAAUAAUAAUAAUAAUUAUAAUUAUAAUAAUAAUAAUAACAAUAAACCUUCCAUAUCUAUGUUUACAUCUUUUUUUAAUACAGACUGGGCUGUAAAAUGAGGUGUUCUUUUUUGUACAGUGAUUCAAAUGUGUAGCUACGAUGAAGAAUUCCACUUUUUGUACUCAAGUGUCAAACCCGCCAUAAUUCAGUAUUAAAUUGUGCAUAUAUGUGCAAUCCGUCCAUGCACACUAUGUAUAUACAAAUGUUUGCACAAACAAGAACUUGCAACUGACUUGUGCAGAUUGUGUCCUAAAGAGUUUCCUAAUAUUGUUAUAUUGCAAAAAAAAAAUUUUUUUUGUUGUUGUUAUAGGUGACUGCAAAAAAUACUGUUCAUGGAUUGCUGCCGUGUAGUGCAAACAAUGUUCUAGCUUCCAGUAAAAACAACAAAAACAACAACAAAUAAAAGCAGCAAAAACAUCUGUGUGCUUUAAAGUGGGUUCAAGGAAGCACUAAUGUGUUCUCCGAAUAAAAAGCAACAUUAUUUUGUGCAUUUCUUGCAUCUGCAUUUAAAGAAAAAGAAAAGGUUUUGGAUAUUUUAAUUACCACAACUUCCCCGCUGAAGAAAAAAGCACCAGUUAUUUAAAAUGUUCUCUAAAAUGACUGAAAAAGAAGAAGAAGAAGAAAAAAAACCCAAUUCAGAGCAUGAAAAUAAUUUUCACUAAUGACUCUUCACUCACCUUAUGUAUCUUUGUGCUGAAA